AUAAUGAGGUUCCUGUCUGUCUCUGUCUUCUUUCUCCUCAGAGCCUAUAAAACCUGCGGCCCACCGGAGAGACCACCAAGUUCUGUGAGCUUUUACCCAGCAGGUGUUCAGAGUGGAGGAUCAACUGUGGAAGAGAGGAAGAAUCAGCAUUCCUGCAGAGAUGGCUACAUCCCUGUUCACACUGAGAUACUUUGCUCUUUUAUUUCUUUAUUUAAGGAGAGCAGAUGCUAAAGUGGAGAUCAUCAGCAGUGAAACAGAAAUUAAAGUGGGAAAGGAACAGUUAUUACUGUGCAAAGCUGGUAAAGAUGCUGACAUUGUGUGGCAAAAGGAUGGACAGGAUGUUGAUGAAGACCGACAUGUACUGGAGAAAGUGGACGAGACUUCUACUAAACUGUAUCUGAAGAAGGUGGAUCUGACAGACAGUGGAACUUACACGUGCAAGUGUGACUAUGGCAGUCAUGAAGACGAGUCAUCCAUCAAAAUCUUUGUCUACGAGGAACCAAACUUUGGCAAGACGAAGACCUACCACGAGUUUCUGGUUGAUAAGACAGUGCGCGUUCCGUGUGUGGCAACCGGGAAACCCGAGGUGGAGGUCAACUGGUAUCGGGACGGUCAACUUGUGACCAAUGAUGGUAGGACCCUGACUACAGGCUAUCCAUGUGGAAGUCGUCAUCUCACCGUCCUGCCGGACAGGAACCUACAGAUUGCGAACAUUAAGAAGGAUGAUCAUGGGACCUACACCUGUCUGGCGAACAUCAAAGGUCACCCAACCUUAUCGAAGAGGCUCGACGUCUCUGUUGUUGUUAAUAUUCCACCGUCUGUGGUGAUUCGUGAAGAACGGUCACAUGUCCACGCUGGACCAAACACAAACGUGUCAAUCAUCUGUCUGGUCACUGGAAUACCAAAGCCAAACAUCACCUGGACAAUGCCUUCUACCUCAGAUUCCUCUCGCUACAUUUACAACUCAGACAAAAGUGAACUCACCAUUCCAGCCGUGGCCAGAAGUGACUUUGGGGAAUAUGUCUGCACUGGCAGCAACAAGCUUGGAGAGGACAGCAGGGCAUUUAUUCUAGACGUCUCAGAAAGCCCAUCUGUGAUCCUCAGCGAGAAUAAGAUGGCAGUGAAACUGGGAGAGUCUGUGUCUGUCUCCUGCAAUGCCACCGGACAUCCUGCACCCAGCAUUGAAUGGGUUGACCAUGAAGACAAGAUUGUGGAAGGAUCUAACUCAGUUCUCUUUAUUGAGAAUGUGAAGACCACAGAUGGUGGUGUGUAUUACUGCAAAGCCAACAACAGGGCCGGAGACAACAAAGAGGAGUUCAGGCUAAUAACUGCACCAGCAGUACCCCAGUUUUUUACCGUCUCUCCUGGGCCAACGUCAGCCCACAUCGCCCUGCAUGCCCCGUUACCAGACGGAGGCUCCCAUAUCACUAAAUAUGUUAUACAGUGGAGGAAAAGUCAACAAGAUGAGUGGAGUCAGACUGCUAUCCCUGUUACUGAUCCCCUUGUCGUCAGAUCUCUGGCUCCAUACACUGAGUACUCUGUUCGAUUUGCGGCACAAAAUGAUUAUUUUAUUGGUGGUGUGUCUGCUGAGAAGAAGAUCCGAACCCAGGCCAAACGUGAGCCAGACAGUCCUAUGCUGUCUUCUGACGAUGGCAAAAUAGAGGGAAACUCUUAUUCCAUCCCAAUCAAACAGCUGGACGAUGGCGGCUCUCCUAUUGAGCGCUUCCUUGUGCGAUACAAGAUGGAAAAGGAGGGCGAGAACUGGAGUGAUAAGGAAAUGCCUCCAGAGUCCAGCAAGAUUGAGCUUCAAAAUCUUCAGUACAACUCAGACUACCAAAUGGAAGUUUUUGCAUUUAACAUCAACGGCUCCUCCAACCCGGCCAAGCUCAAUUUCACUAUUCCAGCAGCUGUACAUAAGGCCAGUUUGGGUAAAGGUGGCGUGGCCGGCAUCGUUAUCGUGAUCUUCCUGGUGCUGUUGGUGGCAGUGGAUGCUUUCUGUUGCUAUACAAACCACUGCGGCCUGCUCAACUUUGUGGCCAGAAAACUGUUUGGCCACAAGGCGUCUGUGACUAAGAGCGUGGAGGAAGGAGUGGUGAACAAUGCUGCUGUAGACAUGAAUGGGCUAGAGAAACCAACAGAUAGCAUCCCAAAACAACAGGCUCAAAACGGGGCGACGAACGGGGUUCACUCGGAGGUCACGUCCGACAAAGCCCCCCUCACCAAAUUCGAGAAACCACCAGCCAAUGGCGACUCAUCUCAGGAAGCACGACUGUAAAGACUUGACGCCGCUGUUUUUUUAUAUAUAAACUCUUCGAAACCAAAGAAAAAUAAUGUCUUAAGGAACCCAGAGUCCCGGACAACUGAUGCUAAAGUGUAGCUCAUGAAAUUUGAAGGUAUUUUUGUCUGUAUAAUAGCAUAUAAUCUCCCAUCAGAGACUACUAUGUUAUUACCACACAAAUUUAAAAUAGAGCUCUUGAUGAGAGUAAGGAAGCAGCUAACUGUUUCUACAGUACCUAACUAAUAAUACUAUAUACUCAGUAUAAAAGCAACAGUGUCAAAAUAUAUUGUUGGAAUUGGCUUUUUGCAAGGCACCAAUACUGUUGCUUUAUCUGACAAGCUUUCAAAGUUGAUUAAUGAACUAUACAGGACAGUACAGAAAUAAUAGUUGAUAUAAGCGCUGCAUAUACAUCCAUAUAUGCCUUUAGGGUGCAAAGAAUGCAGUAUACACCAUCAUCUCCCACCUGCUUAAUGAAAGAUAGAGUCUUAUACAGACCUGUAGAGAAUAAAGUGUGGCUGUCCAGUAAAAAACAAGUAUCUCUAAAACAGCAACUUUAAAGGAGAGAGAAAAAACAAUGUAAAAAGAGUUUAUUUCAGGUCAUUUUAAGUAUUUCUAUUGGUCCUUUCAUCAAGAAAUUGUGGCACAGUGUUGACAAUUGUGUUUUAAUUAUGUCGUAAACUAAAAAUCGAGAUACUUGUUUUUCAUUGGACAGCAACAAAAUUUAGUAUUACAUGCAUUUUAAGGAUAAUAUUUAGCGCGAAAGGCUCAAUAUGCCAUCCAGUGGCUUAAAAUCGAUUAUACCACAGUUAGUUCUGACCUCGCAUUGGCUGAUUGGCUGAGAACCAUACUAGAAGUACCAAUAUUGCACAGUAAUGGCACUCUGAACAAAGCUCUUCGAGUAUUAAUUUACAUACACAUACAAACAUAGCUUAACAAGCAAUAAUGUCAGUGAUUACAAGAGAGGCUUUAAUAAGUAUAAUUUAUCACUGUAGUAAAGUCACAAAUUAAAACUAAAAGCAAAAAAAAAAAACUACAUGUUGCUUAUAACCCUUAAAACCUUGCUUAUAAACCUAAUAAUUGGGAAACAUACUGCUAUUAUGUACUGCUUCUCGACUACCAUGACUCGUUUAUUCUGUCUUUUUUAUCUAUAAAUAUUCUACCAUAUAAUCUAAUAGUAAAUGGAACUGUGGUAUAAUUGCAAUAAUACACAUAUAUCAAGGAUCUUGCUAUACACCAGUGCCAGUAUCUCACAAUAUAGCACUCCUUCUUGUGUAUUAUUGAAUCAUUAAUUGUUUUUAGUUUUAUCUACACAUGAUACUAACCAUGAUGCUAACAAAGAUAGGCAGCUUGUUAGGCUAACUAGAUAGCUACUUAGCCAGGACUAACUUAGCAUGUGUGGGAUGAAUGGGAUUGGUUGCUUAAUUGAUUGAUUUUAAGUCAGAUAUUAAGUCUGAUAUUUCAGUCAGUUUUGAGGCUUCCGGCCUCUCCACACACUAGACAAGGGGACAGUGAGGCCGCUCAUGUAUUACUUACUUAUUUAUUACUGUGCUAACAUCAUAUUUAACACUUUAAUAUGAGCAGGUAAAUGCGAAUAAUUAGUUAUCACAUCCACUAAUUUUCCAAGCCUAGUCAUAUUGUAUUUCUUAAUAGCUUUUAUUUAUUUAUCAAAUUGACCAAGCUAUUAAUUCCCUAAGCUAUAGCUGUGUCGUGAUGCCCUAUUCACCAUUCCCCUACAUGCAUAAAUCCAGAUCAGAUACUUCUGUAUAGUUUAUACACUAUAUAUAUAUAUAUAUAUAUAUA